AUCAUUCAUCAGUUGCAGUUGCCAGUUGCUAAUUUCCCGUAGGACAAGCAUAUUCAUCAAGUUGUUUGACAAAAUUAGUGCUUUAUAUUUAAACAUUUUUAUUUUGUUUAUUUAUAAUAUAUUAUUUAUAUUUGUGAACAAUGGCUGACUUUUUAGAUUCAGAAGCGGAAGAAAGUGAGCAAGAGGAGGAGGAAGAAGAUGAGGGUAUAGAUCGAAGUAGAAAAAAGAAACCAAAAAAAACAUUGGAAGAAAGUGAAGAGGAAGAAGAAGAUGAUGAGGACAAAUGGAGAGACGAGCUGAAAGACUUAAUUGACGAUAACCCUAUUGAGGAAAGUGAAGGUGAAGACAGUGAUGCAUCUGGUGAUUCGAAAAAAAGGAAAAAAAGUGAUGAUGAAGAUUUUGACGACAGACUUGAAGACGAUGAUUACGAUCUCAUUGAAGAAAAUCUUGGUAUUACAGUAGAAAGGAAACGUUUCAAACGUUUGAAACGAAUACAAGAUAAAGAGUCCGAUGAUGAAGAAGAGCAAGGAGUAGGAGAGGAAAGAGAGGCAAUAGCAAAUGAGCUGUUUGAAGGAGGUUCAGGAGACGAGGAUGAACGACGAAGUGAAAGGAGUCAUAGACAAGAACCUAAAACAUUUGAUGACGAAGGAAGUGAAGGAGAAUAUUCGGACGCAGAUGAUUUUAUUGUGGAUGAUGAAGGCCGACCAAUCGCUGAAAAAAGACGAAAAAAGAAACCAAUAUUUUCUGAUGCUGCUCUUCAAGAAGCUCAGGAUAUUUUCGGUGUUGAUUUCGAUUAUGAUGAGUUUGGAAAAUAUGGUGAUGAAGAUUAUGAAGAAGACGAAGAAGAAGAGGAAGAUGAAUAUGUUGAAGAAGAUGGCGAAAGACCACAGCGGCCAAAGAAACAACCUAAGAAAAAGACCACAAGGAAAAGCAUUUUUGAAAUUUAUGAGCCUAGUGAACUUAAACGUGGACAUUUUACUGAUAUGGAUAAUGAAAUUCGUAAUACUGAUAUCCCAGAAAGAAUGCAAUUACGCUCAAUGCCAAUCACUCCAGUUCCUGAAGGUUCUGAUGAACUGGAUAAAGAAGCAGAAUGGAUUUAUCAACAAGCAUUUUGUCGUCCAACAAUUUCAUUACAGGACUCUAUUGUUGGUGAAAUGAGUGAUCGAUCUAGAAAAGGCCCUCAAACUGUAGGAAAAAUUAAAAAAGCAUUAGAUUUCAUGAGAAAUCAAAAUUUCGAAGUACCUUUUAUUUCAUUUUACAGAAAAGAAUAUGUUCUUCCUGAAUUAAACAUUAAUGAUUUGUGGAAAGUGUAUAAAUUUGAUGCUAAGUGGUGUCAAUUGAAGCAAAGAAAGGAAAAUUUGCUUUCAUUAUUUGAAAAAAUGAGAAACUUCCAAUUAGAUGAGAUUAUGAAAAAUCCAGAUGCUCCUUUACCUGAUAGUGUUCGUGUUAUUAAAGAAGAGGAUAUCGAUCGUUUGAAAAAUGUACAAACCAGUGAAGAAUUGAAAGAUGUGCAUAAUCAUUUCAUGCUUUAUUACAGCCAUGACAUCCCAGCAAUGCAAGAAGCUGUUCGGAAGAAAGAAAAAGAGGCCAGAAGACAAGAAAAAAUUCAAAAGAGGAAACAGCAGUUGCUGGAAGCUGAAGAAAAUGGAGAGGAAGUCAAUUUCGAUGAAGAAAUUGAACUUGAAGAUGAUGAAGAGCCAGAUGAAACUCUAAAACAAGCUGUAAGAACUGGACCAUAUGCAAUUUGUAGGAAAGCUGGUUUAGACUCCUUUGCUAAGAAAUUUGGUUUAACUCCAGAACAUUUUGCUGAAAAUCUUCGUGAUAAUUAUCAACGACAUGAAGUAGAUCAAGAGCCUAUUGAACCUCUUGUGGUAGCCCAAGAUUACAUUGGCAAAAAAUUUAAGGCUCCAGAAGAGAUUGUUAAAGCAGCACAACUGAUGGUAGCAAUACAGUUAGCUCGUGAACCUCUUGUUAGAAAGUGUGUAAGAGAAAUGUAUAUGGAACGAGCAAAAUUAUCAGUAAAACCUACAAAAAAAGGAAUUAAGGAAAUUGAUGAAAACCAUCCUAUUUAUACAAUGAAGUAUUUGAAAGAUAAACCAGUUCGUGAUCUUCAACAAGACCAGUUCCUCAAACUGGCCAUGGCAGAGGAGGAUAAACUAAUUACUAUAAUAUUGAGUGACACAAUUGAAGGAAAUACUAGUAAUAAUUAUGUUGAUGAGAUGAAGCAAUUAUAUAUUAGGGAUGAAUUCAGUAAAAAUGUUCAAGAUUGGAAUAAUUUAAGAGUUGGAAGUGUAGAAAUGGCAUUAACAAAAAUGGUCAUUCCAGAUUUAAAGAAAGAAUUAAAAUCUAAUCUUAUUACUGAAGCUAAAGAAUAUGUGAUGCGAGCGUGCUGUAGAAAGAUGUAUAAUUGGAUUAAGAUAGCUCCGUUUUCAGUAGAGUUUCCUGAAGAAGAAGAUGAAGAAUGGGAUACUAGUAAAGGUAUACGUGUCAUGGCAAUAUCUUACGUUCCAGAUUAUACGCAGGCUGCUUUUACAUGCAUCAUAGCUCCUGAUGGAGAAUGCACUGACUAUUUGAGGCUGCCUCACUUAUUAAAGAGGAAGAAUAGUUUUAGAGAAGAUGAGAAAGUCAUGAAAGAAGCUGACUUAUUAGCCAUAAGGAAUUUUAUUGCAACAAAAAAACCACAUGUCAUUGUUGUUGGUGGAGAGUCCAGAGAAGCAUUAAUGAUAGUUGCUGACAUCAAAGAAUGUCUUACAACCCUUGCUGAUGAGGAGCAAUUUCCUUCUAUACAAGUAGAGAUAGUUGACAAUGAUUUAGCUAAAAUUUAUGCUAAUAGCAAUAAAGGUGUAUCUGAGUUCAGAGAUUAUCCUGAGCUUUUGCGCCAAGCAAUUUCACUGGCUCGACGUCUUCAAGAUCCUCUGGUAGAAUUUUCACAAUUAUGCACCCCAGAUGAUGAAAUUUUGUGUCUUAAGUAUCAUCCUCUCCAAGAUCAGCUGCCAAAAGACGAAUUGUUGGAAAAUCUUUAUUUAGAAUUUGUCAAUAGAGUUAAUGAAGUAGGUGUAGAUGUUAAUAAAGCAGUUCAACAAGCAUAUGCAGGCAAUUUAGUUCAAUUUGUUUGCGGCUUAGGACCAAGAAAAGGACAAGCUUUAAUUAAAAUGCUCAAACAAACAAACCAGAGGCUUGAAAACCGAACUCAACUUGUUACUGCUUGUCAUAUGGGGCCAAAAGUCUUCAUCAAUUGUGCUGGAUUUAUUAAGAUCGAUACCAAUAGCCUUGGAGACAGUACUGAAGCUUAUGUUGAAGUGUUAGAUGGUUCAAGAGUUCAUCCUGAGACGUAUGAAUGGGCUAGAAAAAUGGCUGUGGAUGCUUUAGAAUAUGAUGAUGAAGAUGCUAAUCCUGCUGGAGCCUUAGAAGAAAUUUUAGAAUCACCAGAACGAUUAAAAGACUUGGAUUUAGAUGCAUUUGCCGAGGAAUUAGAGAGACAAGGCUUUGGCAAUAAAUGUGUUACCUUGUAUGAUAUCAGAGCUGAGUUAAAUUGUCGAUAUAAAGAUCUUAGGAGUCCAUAUCAGACUCCUAGUCCAGAAAAAUUGUUUGACAUUUUAACUAAAGAAAGUCCAGAAACAUUUUACAUCGGAAAAUUAAUUUUAGCCACAGUUGUUGGUAUUAGUCAUCGAAAACCUCAAGGAGAGCAACUAGAUCAAGCCAAUCCUGUAAGAAAUGAUGAGACUGGACUAUGGCAAUGUCCAUUUUGUUUAAAAAAUGAUUUUCCUGAAUUAUCUGAAGUCUGGAAUCAUUUUGAUGCUGGCUCUUGUCCUGGAAAAGCUACUGGUAUAAGACUUCGUUUGGAUAAUGGAGUUUCUGGAUACAUCCAUAUAAAAAAUUUAUCUGAUAAACAUGUGGCAAACCCUGAAGAAAGAGUCACUAUUGGCCAAAUUAUUCAUUGUCGUAUUAUUAAGAUUGAAGUCGAUCGAUUUAGUGUUGAAUGUACUAGUAAGAGCAGUGAUCUUGCUGAUAAAGGACAUGAAUGGAGACCUUCUAGAGAUCCGUUUUACGAUACAGAAGAAGAACAAAAAGACAUUAAAUUAGAAGAUGAUACUAAGAAAAUCAAACAAAGACAGACUUAUGUAAAACGUGUAAUUGUUCAUCCAUCUUUCCAUAAUAUCAGUUUUGUGGAAGCUGAAAAGUUAAUGCAAACGAUGAAACAAGGAGAAGCAAUUGUUAGGCCUAGCAGUAAAGGUGCAGAUCACCUGACAGUUACGUGGAAAGUCACUGAUGAUAUCUACCAACAUAUCGACGUGAGAGAGGAAGGUAAAGGAAAUGCAUUCUCCUUGGGACAAAGUUUAUGGAUUGGAAAUGAAGAGUUUGAAGAUCUUGACGAAAUUAUUGCAAGACAUGUGAAUCCGAUGGCGGGUUAUGCUUCUGAAUUACUCGACUUUAAAUACUAUAAAGUUAAUGUGGAUGGCAUUAAAGACAAAGCUGAAGAGAUUUUGAAAGAGCAAAAGAAAGAAAACCCUGGAGGAAUCCCUUAUAUUAUUUCUGCAGCAAAAAAUUAUCCAGGAAAAUUUUUAUUAUCAUAUCUUCCUCGAGUUCGAUGUCGACAUGAAUAUGUCACAGUCAUACCAGAGGGAUUCAGAUUUCGUGGUCAAAUGUUUGGUCGUGUUAAUGACCUAUUUCGAUGGUUUAAAGAACACUUUAGAGAUCCCAUUCCAGGCCAAACUACUCCAAGCACACCUCGAGGAGCUGUCACAUCACGAACUCCGUAUCAUACAACACCUGGAGUCGGAGGAAUGAACUCAGAUGCUAUUCAGAGGGUAGCUCAAAAUCUUCCUCAUCAUAUGCUUCAUUCACUCUCACAAGUAGCCAAUCAAACUCCUCAUCAUUAUCCUCCACACACUCCUGGAGCAUCGGGGGCCACUGGAUACGGAGGAAUGCACACAUAUCCAAAUACUCCGUAUACUCCUUCAGGGCAAACUCCGUAUAUGACGCCAUAUCAGGCACCACCCCAUACUCCACAUCAUUCGCAGCCUACUCCAAGGUAUCAACAACAAUUUCUCCAUCCAGGCUCAGCACCACAUCGACAGACACCUUCUGGUAAUUCACAAGAUCCUACAGAUUGGAAAAAAGCUGCUGAAGCUUGGGCUCGACUUAAACAAACGACUCCAAGAGGAUCUAACAGCACUCCGAGGUAUGACGAUGUGAGGAAAACACCUCGAGGAUACGAAGAUGCAAUGAGCCGAUCAAGUCAUCGGAAUCGUCAAUCAGGAAGGACGCCAUCUUAUAAAUCACCCCGAGGAACUCCACAUACAAAUUCUAGUCCUCGGAGUAUGUCGCUUAGUGGUGAUGGUACUCCUCUCUAUGAUGAAAGUUAGCAAAACUGUUGCUGUAUAUUAUUAUUAUUCAUAAUAAAAAUUAUCCUCCAAACGCAAA